AAAACCCUCGCAAAGCCCCAACACCGCCAGCAUACUCACAACAUUCAGAGCGUUGAAUCGGAGAAGACGAUGGCUUGGCGAUCUGGAUCGCUUUCUCGGACGCUAAUUUCCAAUGUCCGCUCUUCAUCUUCCCGGUUAUCUUCAUCGGCUCCUCAACUCCGCCCCCCGCAGCCGCCGCUCCCCGCUCCCCGCCGCCUGCCCGGCCGCCAUUUCUCUGCUGCUUCCAGGAGCUUGGGAGAAUUGGGAUGCGUACAAUCAUUUUUGCCAAUCUACAGCAUGACAGCAGCUUCUUGUCUGACAUCCCACCUCACUGUUAAUGUUAGGGCUUUUUGCGAGCUGUCUCAUGGUACCUUCUGCCGUACUUGUCAAGAUCGCUAGUGGUUACUUUGUACUUAAAUUUCAAUGGGAUUAAACAAGGUCAUGUGCGGCAACAUGCGAGUGCAGGGGACUCAUGAAGAGUUGAUACAUUCGGAACUUAUGCUUUGGAAAUAGGAUAGAAGUUUUCUUUAUUAUAUUAUUGAUCAGAACAGGGAUUAAAACAAGUGCUACAUACUUGUAUCACCGGGCUGUUGUUUCUCGUUCAUUGUCACUCACUAUGUCAUUGAUUUACUAUUAAAAAAAAUUGUUUGCUGAAGUCUCAAUCAAA